UCUGUACAAUCUCCCGUGACCAAUGAGCGGGGUGCUGUCAGGGGUAACCACAUCUGUCAACCAUUCUUGGCCAAUAAAGAGCGGAGCGAGGCGGACCACAGGUGCGCGCCUCUGCGUCCCCUUGGCACAGCGCCCGGGAGAUGCUGGAGAGAGACGCCUAGCUGCCCCGUGGCGCAAAAGAGUUACUGUCAAAGGGAGCCUCCUUUUAACUCCAGCUAUCACUCUGGCUCCGAUAGUUAUGGCGACCGCAACGUCCAACCACUACAGCGUCCUCACCACCCCCAGCAGCGCGCCGCCGCCGCACUCGGAGUCCGGGAGCAUGCAGCAGGCGGCAGCGUACAGGGACGCGCACACCCUGCUCCAGAACGACUAUAGCACGUUACCGGGCGGUGGACAUCCGCUCAGCCACGCGCACCAGUGGUUAACGGCGCUGUCUCACGGUGACAGCGGGGCGCCCUGGCCAUCUAGUCCCCUCGGAGAGCAGGACGUGAAGCCCGUACUGCAUGACAGUGACCGAGAGGAGCUGCAGAACUCCAGCAGUCUGCAGCAGCAGCAACAGCGACACCCUCACCUAGCGCACCAGCAGGCGCAUCACGACGCCAGAGCAUGGCGAACCAGCACAGCCUCCACGCACAUCUCCGGUAUGGCGACAUCUGAGGGCCAGAGCCUGGUGUACUCCCAGUCCGGCUUCGGUCUCAUGCCGGGGGGAGAGCAAGGAGGGAUGCAUCACCACCCCCUGCGGGACGAGGACCACCACAGCCACAGCCCGCACCUCAGUGAACAUGGAGGCGGCCCAGGGGCCCACCAGCAGUCUCUUUCACACCAUCACCAGCACGGGGGACAUCAGGACCAGUCAGACGAGGACACACCGACCUCCGACGAGUUGGAGCAGUUUGCCAAGCAGUUCAAGCAGCGACGAAUCAAGCUGGGCUUCACCCAGGCCGAUGUGGGACUGGCUCUUGGGACGCUGUAUGGAAACGUUUUUUCUCAGACCACCAUUUGCAGGUUCGAGGCGCUUCAACUCAGCUUCAAAAACAUGUGUAAACUCAAGCCGCUGUUGAACAAGUGGCUGGAGGAGGCGGACUCCACCUCGGGGAGCCCCACCAGCCUGGAUAAAAUCGCGGCACAAGGAAGGAAAAGGAAAAAGAGAACCUCCAUUGAGGUGGGCGUCAAAGGGGCUCUGGAGAGCCAUUUUCUCAAAUGUCCAAAACCCGGAGCAGCGGAGAUCAACUCCCUAGCGGACAGCCUGCAGUUGGAGAAGGAGGUGGUGAGGGUUUGGUUUUGCAACCGGCGGCAGAAGGAGAAGAGGAUGACACCCAUUGGGGGACAGAUUUCUGGUGGAGAGGACAUGUACGGGGACACCCCUCCUCACCACGGAGGACAAACUCCUGUGCAGUGACCCCAGUCCGUCAUUCUGAGCAAAACGCGGACCCUUGAAGGAGGAAUAAUGCCUCCUAUUUGUUUAAUUCUCUGUGCUGGAACGCUCGGAACUGGACCUCGGCCAGUUUAGAUGUUUGGACCCACGGACACACACGGUGGGGACGCACAGUGGCACCCGGGCACUGAAAUAGUCACAGCAGGGCGGCAUGGAGAGGUUCAAUGCCGCGGAACUGCCGAGCGUGUUGGGCUGGUGUGUGCUAACCAAAAAAAAAAAAAAAAAAAAAAAAAGAAAAAGGAAAAAAAAAAAAAAAACGAGAAAAAAUAUAUAAAAAAAACAGCGACGUUGAAACGCUUUUCUAUAUCUUUGACCUAGGCGCCGGUGUGUCAUUAUGUAAUGUGUCAUUAAAGAAAGGCAGUGUGUGGCUGACAGUUGUCCGCAGGGGGAAAAAUACCUAUAAAAACAAGCUUCGGGCAUGAUGAUUUAGUCGCAGUCAGUGUGGGUAAAUAAACGCCAUCUUUCCAUCAUAACAAAAGCAACAGGGGUUCUUCGCAGCUUGUGGCAGAGAGGGCUGAAAUGGCAGACACCUGCUGUACAAUGUUAAAAAUUAAAGCCAAUACCAGCCAACUUAUUAUUAUUAUUAUUAUUAUUAUUAUUAUCAUUAUUAUUAUUAUUAUUAUUAUAGAAUUUUCGUGAUUUAAUUAUUGGAAUUUAUUGUGGGGGCAUUGAUUGAUUAAUAAUAUUUAAAAGGAAAUUAAAAAAAACAUUAUAAAUUGGUUAUAGCAAAUGUUAAAUUAAUAUAUAUACAUCGUUAUAUUAAUAACAAUAUUAAUAAUAAUAAUAAUAAUAAUAAUAAUAAUGUGGCCACAGAGACUACUAUUGGUUGUCUUUAAUGUUUUUCUUUCUGUGCAGACAUUUCUGUGCGCCUGUUUACAGUGUGUUUUUGCUGUUUGUUAUUUCUGUACUUUUCCAAAAAUGCUGUGACAAGAAAGACCGAGACUGUCCGGCUGGAAACACUCAAAGCAAUCCAGCCCAUUUUGCCUUCCUUUCCUAAGAAGAAAAUUGAAACACACACACACAGACAGAAACUGAAUAUAUCCUGGUACCAGCUCUGGCCACAGUGGCUACAACUACUACUACUGCUGUAUGAGUCAUUCAUUCACGGAGACGACGAUUUGUGGGAUGUAUCUCCAUUCGUUUUUGUAUUGCUUCGUUUGUCUGUUUGUUCGGUUUUAUUAUUAUUUUCUUCUUGUCAGUCUGUGCCAAAGCACAAACACAGACACGUGUUCUUGUGCCACUUAAAUCCUGUGAUUAAUAACCUGACCUGAUCUGAGGAGUUUGUGUGUUGGAGAAAAAAUCUCUGACUGAAUUCUAAAGAAAAAAAAAAGAAAAAAAAAUACAGAAACUCAGAAACUCAAAUACAGCCGAGGAAUUUAAAAGACCGGGGAAGAAAAAAUAUUUUAAUAUAACUAUAUAUAUUUUUUUCUUUUGGCAUCUCCAAAACUUCCUGAAUAUACAAAUCUCGGCUAACAAUGUUCUUUAAAUACGCACAUGUGUAUUCUCGUUAUCUGUGGGUUUAUUGCAUAAUAAUUUGCGUUUAAUUUAAAUAAGGCAGAAUAUUUGUCUAACCUAAAAACUUUACUGUAAUUCUGACUACACCAUAUGUGAUCCUCCAGUUGAAUUUGAGUUUCUGAAGUGGGUGGAGAAAAAAACGACAACAAUAAAACCAAAACAAAACAGCAUCGACCUGAAAUCUGUGAACACGCGAAGAGGAAAAAGAAAACAACGAUUGCACAAUUUCUACAUGCUUUUUGUCAUUAAAUCGUAUUUGUUUUCUAUAA